CGUUUCGCACGAGAGUGUGAUAGCUCUUGUACUCCCGGGGUUGUGUCUGCAUUGAUUCCGAACCCUCUUUGAUCGCCCUGUUCUUCACACGGACUCCCUGCCUCCGGUGGGCGUGAAUCGACCGACAUGCAGCCGGCGCAGAUACCCGGUGGCUCGCAGUCGCAGCAGCACCCGCAACAAUCACAACCAUCCUCUCAGCAAUCAUACCCCAUGAGCCAGCCGUCCUCUCAAACGACUGGCUACCGUCACUAUGCCGACCUGCCCCAGAAGCCGACAAAUGAUCCCGACAUGGGAAUCUACUCGGCGGUGUACUCGGGUGUCAAUGUGUACGAGAUGGAAGUCAACAAUGUCGCCGUGAUGCGGCGCCAGACCGAUGGUUGGCUCAAUGCGACUCAGAUCCUGAAGGUGGCGGGAGUGGAUAAAGGGCGCCGCACUAAGAUCCUGGAGAAGGAGAUCCAAACGGGGGAGCACGAAAAGGUUCAGGGCGGCUACGGCAAGUACCAAGGCACGUGGAUCCCAUUCGAGCGCGGCGUCGAAGUCUGUCGGCAGUACGGUGUUGAGGAAAUCCUGAUGCGGCUCCUCACGCACAAGCGCGGGCAGGAGGGAGGCGCGGAUGUCGACACGCCAACCAAAGAGCAGGCCAUGGCGGCUCAGAGGAAGCGCAUGUACAACGCGAGCUCGCAGGAGAGCCGCGCAAAUGGGCUUUCCGGAACUUUCUUCAAAAACAUUUCCUCCACCGCAUCGCACGCAAUCAAUGCCAUCAGCAAGGCCCGACUAGACUCUCCCGGCCCCAGAAACCGCAGCGGCCCCACGAGAGCGCCCAGUUUCAACCGCCAGUCCUCGAUGCAGGAUGCGAACGAUUUCCCACCUAAUUCCCAGCAGAGUUUCGUCUCCGACUACAAUCACGCCGAUUCGGCAUUUGCAUCGCAGACCACUCAGCCAGCCGCAGACGGGGAGCAGCCCCCGCGCAAACGGCAAAGGGUCCUUACUCCUGCCCAUAGUUUCGGCGGCUUGACGCCAUCCUAUCCACAGCCAGACGGGUACGCGGCGGCUUACCCAGGCUCGCCAACAGAGCCGAACGAGUCGUUCAUCUAUUCUCAAGCAGGUGUCCACGUCGAGCGGGAGCCGAACUACCCUCCCGGGCCACUCCGUCCCCUGCCGCACGACAUGUCUCGCGAGGCCGAGGCAACGCGGAGUAUGCUCAUGGGGCUGUUCAUCGAUACCCGCGACCCAGAUGAGACAAAAAGAAACACGCUCCGCAAUAUGACCCCUCAGGAGCUCGAUACCCCCCUCGAUAACCAGAGCCACACGGCCGUGCACUGGGCCGCGACGCUUUCCCGCAUUCCGCUCCUGCAAGCCUUCAUUGAGGCCGGCGCAAGCCCAUUUCGCGUCAACAGGCAGGGAGAGACGGCGUUGAUGCGGGCCUGCGGCGUGACCAACUCCAUGGACAGCAACUCAUUCCCCGAAUUGCUCGACCUCCUCGGCGGCACCAUCGACGUGAGAGAUGACAAAGGCCGCACAGUGCUGCACCAUAUCGCCGUUUCUAGCGCCAUCAAGGGAAGGAAUCAAGCGAGCAAGUAUUAUCUAGAAAGUCUGUUGGAAUGGGUCGUGCGACAUGGCAGUGCCCCGAGCAGCCAGACGGCCCCUGGCGGCAACGGCCUCACGGCACCAAGGAUGGGCAUCGGUCGCUUCAUGAGCGAAAUCGUCAACAUGCAAGACAACAGUGGUGACACGGCGCUAAACAUUGCUGCCAGGAUUGGCAACCGCAGCAUCAUCUCGCAGCUUCUUGAAGUCGGUGCAGACUCCACGAUUGCCAACCGCGCAGGGCUCCGGCCACUCGAUUUUGGCAUCGGCGCCGAGGGCGGGGACCAGCGAAAUGGGGACCCGGCGGACAGAAACGGCGAGGCGCAACGGGCGAGCCAGAAGAAUCGAGAAAACAGCGAGGAGGUGGUGAACUCGAUCACGCACCUCGUCAACGAGUCCUCGUCGCUCUUCCAGAACGAGCUCAAGAAGAAGCAGGAGUCCAUCGAUGCCCUGCACAGCUCUCUCCGGACCACAUCAGCCCAGGUUGGCGAGGCCCGCCGCACGCUGGAAGCCCUGCAGGAGAAGCUCAAGGCGCAGCAGCUCGCCAGGCAAAAGGUGUUCAACCUGAGCAGGGCAUGCCAAGACGAGGAGUACCGCCUCGUCCAGCUCGAGCAGCGGCACGGCCCUCUGGAUGUGGCGCGCGCCAACGCCUGGGAGCUGGAGCUGGAGAUGGUGCUGGACGGAGUUGCGGAGACAAUCCACAGGGGAGCACAGCAACAACAACAACCCACGCCAACGCCCGAGACGGCAGCUAUGAACGGCGGUAUGCCCUCGCCGGAAGAGCUGAUCGCGAGGCUGCCGAGCACCGCCGUGCUGCGGGCGCGGGUCAACGCGCUCCGCGAGCGCUCGUCGCACACGCAGAGGGCCGUGGAGGCGCUGCGGGCGCGCAGCAAGGACCGCGAGCUCAAGUACCGGCGGCUCGUGGCGCUGUGCACGCACCGGCCCGAGUCGGAGGUGGACACGCUGCUGGACACGCUGACCCGGGCGGUCGAGUCGGAGAAGGGCGAGCUUGAGAUUGCGCGCGUCAGGAGGUUCCUGGGCGGUGUCGAGGGCGUGGCCUGACGCGUGUCCCUGCUUGAAGUGGUGUAUGGUUGGUUUGGUUUGGUUUGAGGGCUGUACAUAGUACGGGCACGUUGUCGGAGGAUUUGGUGGGCUGGCCUUUGUCUCUGUCCAGCAUCUUGCGGCCUGCGCUGUUUCUCGCCUUGUGGGCGGGUGGACGUGGGAUACGAUACCUUUGCAAUUGACUGCAGCAUUG